AUGAAGGCUGCUACCAUUCUUUCUCUGCUGCCUUUGGCUCUCGCAGCCCCUGCUUCCAAGCGUGCUGGUGGCCCUGCCCCCAUCUUGAAGCCCCGUGAUGCAGGCGACAACCUCAUUGAGGGCCAGUACAUUGUCAAGCUCAAGGAUGGCAUGACGAUUUCUUCGGUCGACGACACCCUGAGCCUCUUCGAGGGUGAGGCUGAGCACGAGUGGAAGGUCGGCAACUUCAAGGGUUUCGCCGCCAAGCUGGACGAGGCUGCUCUGGACAAGCUCGCCAACCACCCUGAUGUCGAGUACAUUGAGCAGGAUGCUGUUGUCUCCAUCAACGCCUACGUCACCCAGUCCAGCCCUCCGUGGGGUCUUGGCCGUAUCUCCCACACCAGCUUGACCACCAGCAGCUACGUCUACGAUGACAGCGCUGGUGAGGGUGUCUGCGCCUACGUCAUUGACACUGGUAUCCUGACCACCCACAACCAAUUCGCCGGCCGUGCCACCUUCCUUGCCAACUACGCUGGUGAUGGAUCCAACACCGACGGAAACGGACACGGUACGCACGUCGCUGGAACCAUCGGAGGUACCACCUACGGUGUUGCCAAGAAGGUCAGCCUGUACGCUGUCAAGGUUCUCAACGCCUCCGGCUCCGGAACCAACUCGGGUGUCAUCUCUGGCAUGAACUACGUCACUACCGACUCCCAGAGCCGCAGCUGCCCCAACGGUGCUGUCGCCAACAUGUCCCUCGGUGGCUCCAAGUCCACCGCUGUCAACACUGCCGCCGCCAACAUGGUCAGCGCCGGUGUCUUCUUGGCCGUCGCCGCCGGAAACGACGGUGCCAACGCCGCCAGCUACUCGCCUGCCUCCGAGUCCACCGCCUGCACAGUCGGUGCCACCACCUCGGCUGAUGCUCUUGCCUCGUACUCCAACUUCGGUGCCCUCGUCGACAUCCUCGCCCCCGGUUCCAACGUUCUGUCCUCGUGGAUCGGCUCCAACUCUGCCUCCAACACCAUCUCUGGUACUUCCAUGGCCACUCCCCACAUCACUGGUCUGGGUGCCUACUACUUGGCCCUCGAGGGCGCCAAGACCCCCGCUGCUCUCUGCGCCUACAUCCAGAGCACUUCCACCAAGAGCAAGAUCAGCGGUGUUCCCUCCAGCACCAAGAACUACCUUGCCUUCAACAGCAACCCCAGCGUAAGUAUUCUCAAACAUCGUAUCACAUCAAGGUAA